AUGGAAAAACAAAAAAUAAGUUCGCCAACACCAGAACAAAAAAAGAAUUUAAGAAAUGCUAAUAGAAGAAUUGAAAGAAGAGGAUGUCAAGAGAUGAUUUUAUUGUCUAUGAUUACCUGUUUUGGUUAUAAAGUUCAAUUUGUAAGACCAAAACAUGGAUGUAAAGCUCUUCCAUAUGUACAAGUCCAAUCAAUAAAAAGAAAUAACGAAAUUAUAUUUGAAAAUGAUGAAGAAUUUGAAAAGAGAUGUAUUGAUAAGAAUGGAAAAAGAGACAAAGAGAUAUAUACCUCUCUUUCAAUGGAAGUGUUUAUUGAGCUUGGAAAUAAACUUGGUAUUCAAACAAAAGGAGCACAAAGAAAACCGAAGCAAGUACGUCCAAAAUUUACUAAAGUUACUGAAAUACUUUGUUCUACUAUUAGUAUUAGAGAUAAACAGAUAUUCUCAAUUGGGCAUGAAAUUCUUGAAGGAAUUGUUUCUUGUCUUAGAAAAUCUGAUUGUAAUACUGUUUUUGGAUUUGAUGACUUUUUAUCUUUGGUGCAACCUAAAUGGGAAGAAGAAAGUAAACGCUUUAUGAAAGAAUUAAAAGCAUUAUCAGAUAACCCAGUUGAUAUAAACGAAAUUCAAUCAAGUCUUUUUAAAACAGAAGAAAUAAAAACACCUACUAUAAAUUAUAUAAAAGAAGAAGAGGUUAUGAAUUUUGAUGAUCCUAAUAUGGAAAAUUGUCCUACUUCAUACGAAACACCGUUUCAACCAGAUCUGUUUCAUCGAUUUCAAUCUAUGGUUUCGCGUUCUAUCUCUGAAGCUUCAUUACUCAAAAAUACUCAAAUUUCAAGACCAACUAAAGAAACACCAAAAAUUAAUAACGGCACAUCAGACAGUUUAACAGUCACUGAUCCAUUGCCAUGUUGA